UUGGCUGCAAGAGCAAGAAAAACAAAGCAGGCCACCAUCUCCUUGUUGCACGUUAGCCCGUAAGUUUACUUUUUACGUUCUUAGAAAAGGUCAAGUUUUUGGCAUUUCUCGUUUAAAAUUUUCGUUUAAAUUGUUCUGUGCCCCAAAUUUACGGUGUAAGAAUUAUCUGAAAAGCGAUUGGGAAAAGCUGCGAAUUCUGGUGUGGGGGUUUUUUUUUUUCCGGAUUCAUAUACGCACAGUGUGAGCAAAUUCAAGCCAACAAAAUGAAGAUCCCGGAUUAUAACAUUGGCGGUGGCGGAGGAAGCUCCAACGGAGGCUUCUACAAUAACGGCAACUACAGCGACAGCUAUGAUUCCGAUCCCGAUGGUUUCAUCACACCACCGAACGAGGACAACUCGUUCAGCGGUCCUAAUUAUGAUGAAGAUUUUUCCGAGUACCUGUGGAUGGAGAAUGAGGAAGAAUUCGACAAGCAAGAAAUGCAGCGACUAGAAGAGGAAGCACUAAUGGAGCAAUGCAUUGAAGCGAUGCUACAGGAUGAAUUGGACGCCCAACAAGUUGCGGAAGAAGCGGAAGAGUUCGAGGGUUCCGAACACAAAAGUGAAGGCGAAGAUAUCUCAAAAGAUCUGUGCAAUGCCUUGUCCAACAUGCACCUAAUGCGGUCGCAGAAGGUCAACGUUGAAAAAUCAACGCUCAAUCCUUUGGCGGCUGAAUUCGUUCCGGCCGUUUUUUCGCCUUCGUCCACUUAGGUUGGUGACGACUUGUCGUGUAACUAGCUACUGCAUAUCUUAGUGGUAAGAACAAAUGUUGAAAAAAAAAAACAAACGAAUAC